CUUAAUCGUAGCUUUCGACGAAUAAAUUCUCGUAUCAUAUAGCGAAGCCCUUUACAAAAUUGCAGGGAGCGAGAAAAUUGUAGUGGUAAUUUGCUCGUCAAUUCAAUACUCGUUGCAAUCGGAACAGUGAAAAACGCUCGCACCGGAUUACCGGAUAUCUUCAACCGAUAAACGUCGACAAAGCGUCCUAUUUUACCUUCGCGUCGCGAUGAUUAAGCGAUGAAAUAUCUAGGUUUCAACAGCGAGCAUUCUCAAAAUUUUGGCAGUUUCUUAGUGGUACCAGCAAAGUCUAGAGGGAUGAAGUUUAGCCGGAAUUUGAUUUCAAACAACUAUAAGGUGAUGCCUGAUGUUCAGCAAGCUAACAAUGUUUGUUCACUAGGAUUGGAUGACAGCUGUCUCCAUCUACCCUCACCUUCAACUUUGAAAAGAGCGUGCUCUCAUGGCUCAUCUCGUAUUGAGGAUUAUCCCAGAAAAAAGAGGGCUGGUGAGAUUAUGAGUGAGUCUAAAAGGUUCAAAGCAGUAUCUACUGCUCCAUUGAUGGAAAAGGUAGAUGCUAUUGCUUACCCACAGAAUAAUAUGGGUGAAAAAUACAUGCAUUAUUCAUUCACUAAUAGUACCUAUCGAUUAUAUGGAAUAGGGGUGAAGAAUCCUUGUAAUGAUAAAAUCACUGUAGAACAAGAUUAUUCUUGUAGUAAUCUGAGUUCAGUUGGAAGCUGUAGUGUAAUAAGUGGUAGCGCGAAUGAAUUUUUUGGUGAUACGUUAGCAGGUCCUUUCCAAGAUGAUGCAGAUUCCCUUCGCAGUAAUCCAGAAUUUCCAGAUGUUGAAGAUGUUGAUAGAUUUUCUGGUGAUAUGUUAGCAAAUCCUUGCCAAAGUGAUGACAAUACCAUUUGCAGUGAUGCAGAUUCUCUAGAUGUUGAAGAUGCGGAUGUAGGAUGCACCAUUAUCCCAAAAGAGAUUGUAGCUGAAAAAAUCCAUAGUAUUAUAUAAGGUGAGAGCUUCCAUGCCUUCAAAAAGCUAUGAGAGUUUCAUGUGAUUCUUUAUUCAACUACUACUAUCUGAUGCUAUGUAAAUCAUUUAAUUGUCAAGCAUUGAUGAACAGCUUUAUAUAGUAAUUGAAGUAUGACUCAAUCUAAAAUUUUGCUUAAUCUCAGUAAACUUUAUUUACUGUUUAUUUUCUUGUAUGUUUUUUUUUUGUACUAUUUGAUUAUUGAUUUUUAUUGAUGAAUCAAAAUCAUUUUCCAGGGCCAGUGUAGGAGGCUUGCAUGCCUUGCUUCCAAUGGCUAAAUAUGAUGCUAGGUUUGCCUCUUCUCUCUGCAAAUUAAUUGGUCUUCUCUACCAAUAAUUAUCUCAGAGAUAAGAAAUUUCUGACCUCUGUUUGUUAUGAUUGUUUAUGUUUAUAUACUUUCCAAUAAUAUUGGAUAUCUCAGGUGUGCUUAGAACUCACACUUGUCAAUCAUGGCCAGAACAUGAACUUGCUUAAAAGCUGCAGAAACGACCCUCGAAUGGAUGAUCUUCUUAUGCAUUAUUCAGAUACUGGUAGUCUAUUUUAUUUAUUCGCACACCAUGUGGAUUAUCUUAAUGUGACUUGAAUACUCUAUCCCAUCAGUUGAAAAGCAAGUUAUGCAAGGAUGUUACAUUAUGUGUUUAUACUAGGGAUGGUAUCGAUAUGUCUGUCGCCAAUAUGUCCUGUCCAGAGUUAUCAAUAGCGCCCUGGAGUGUCGCUAUCCCGGAAUAGGUCCCGGAGCGGCGACCCUCGGCUAUGUAGGAGCGAUUCGCGCCAUAGUUUGAGAUCGCGGCCUCGGUAUAAGUUUUAGUGGGUCAUGGGAGCGGAGCGCUUCCCAGCCCGAGUGGGUUUCCUCAUGUUUGAUGCGAGAACAGAUUUACCCCUAAAAUAAAUGAACGUUGGGAGAAGUUUUUAGAAGUUUUUUUUCACUAUGCCCUAACUCAGAACACAAAACAGAAAAUCAAUCUUCAAUCUUCUUGUCUCACACGCUAUAGCUUCAGCUUUCAAGUUUUUUUCUCACAAUCAUCUUCCAAGUUUCGCCUACGCCGCCUGCUUCGUUUCUUAGCUCUGCCGCCGUCUGCUUUGUUUCACAGCGCCGCCGCCUGCUCCAUUUCUCAUCGCCGCUGCUGCCUGCUUCAUUUCUCAGCGCCGCCACCCCUGUUCUGCGCCUCAGAUUCUGCGUUUCUUAUGUAGGUUUUUUUUUCUGUUCUUCAUUCUUUCCUCUUCUUUUUUCUUGUUUCUUUUCAAUGCUUUCUUAUUUCUUUUUUUUGUUUUUCAGGUAAGUUUUUUUUUUUUUUUUUUAAAAAUUCUUCUCUUUCUUUAUUCUUCCGUACUCUGUUUUUUUAAGUCUUCCUUUUAUUUAAACUCUUCUUCCCCAGUUUUACUUGUUUUGUUUGUAAUGUUUUUUUUUUUCUUUUACUAAUAUAUUGAAUCUUUUAUGGGUUUUGUGUUAUUUGUUUUAUAGAUUAUUCAUAUAAUUAGUCCAAGAAAUAGUCAACCGGCAGUUAUCCUGCUAUCCGCUAUCCCGUUUUUGGGGUCGUCCGCUUCGCUAUCCGGGGUUGAUAACUCUGGUCCUGUCUUGUGACCGGUAAAAUCCCAAAGUUUUUUCCCUCUUAUUCUACACAAUCCACAAUGUUUCUUCAGGAUUUUACUGUCUUUUUGUUGUGCCCUCCGCUCAUCUUAUCUGUCUGUCACUAAGUACCGCCACUCUCACUCUCCUUUGUUAUUUAUUUAUAUCAUAUUCAUAAUGUGCCAUUGUUUCUUGAUUUGAAUCCUCGUUAUUUUUAUUGUGUUUUUUUUGUUCACGGAGCCCUGUUGAACUCAAAUUUCUGAUUUUAUUUGAAGUAGAUUCAUUUUGUUUGUCUAUAAUUGGUUUUUCUUUACAGUUUUAGGGUUUAUGGUUGCAUCUACUGAUUUCAAAAUAAUUGGGUGAUACACUUUGCUUCAUACCUUAGUAGACACAUGGUUUUUAACUGUCAAUUAUUUGUAAUGCAAGCAUGUAGCCUUGAUACUUGAUGUAGAAUCUCAUCUUGACAAAUCCAAAGCUUACUAAACUAUACAUUUUAGUUCAAUGCAUUUUUUUUGAAAGAUAUCCAGAGCUUCAUUUAGGUCAUUCUCGCCCAUCACUAUUUUUCUGUGACUACUGUUGAACUAAUAUAGUUUUAACCUUUCAAUCAAAAGGCUUGUGGAAGGGAAGUAUUUCGAAAGAUGAUACCAACAAAUUACUAUGAUGCAUAUUGAUUUGGUCCUUAUGUAAAUAUAAUGUGAAGUGUGACUUGCUCUAGUUACUGCUGAGCUAUUCAAGCUUUGAUUUCAUUAUCAAGAAUGCUUGUGGAAACAGUAUUUCAGAAGAUGAUUUGAACAAGGAACCUCAUGCACACAUUUUAGUUCUGAAUGAUGGUAUUAGCUCUUCAAUUACCUUUUAUUUCAUUUGUUUGUAAGUUUAUCUUUGCAGCUAAUGCUGUGUAUAUUGUCAUCUUAGCUGAAAAUAAGCUUCAUCGCAGUUGUGUUUAAUCCACAUUUUUUCUUUA